UAGAGGGACACUGAUAACAUUGUCUCUUUAGGGCGCAAGGUCAAAGUUCUCACUGACCAAUGGCAUGAUGCAAACUAAGAUUUAUUAAGAUGUCUGUAAUACAGUUUAACUAAUGGCCGACGUUACAAGAAUGUUGAAAUUUACUUGAAAUUCGAGCCUCGCGGCAGGUGCGAAGUGGUUAGAUUAAUUGUUGAGGUACGUCUUGGAAGGAACGGGCCGGGCAACCUUGGGCAUGUUGGGUUCACUACACACUCCACUGACUACAGAGAAAGCCCACACUCAGUGGCAGACAUCGUAAUAGCCACAGAGCACUGGACAGGGCAGCAUCCAACAAACCCAGCCCCUUACCCCACGGGCAAAUGGGAUCUUGUCUGGGUCUGUACGGUGCUGUGGUUACGCUGCAGGGCUCCUAACAAUACACCGUCGUAACCGCGAGUAUGGGUAAAGGUCUUGCCGGCCCAGUGAGUGAGUUACGGGACAAUAGCCCCAUGAUGUACCUCUUUGAUUCAAUUAGUGGACGAUUUCUAGGGUGAAAGGCAGCCACCCACUUGUCGUGUACACUCUAAUGUCCCUGGCACACGACCCAACUAGCUUCCCAAACCGCUUUGUCUGUGUUUGAGACAGGUCCAGACAGACCUGUGAACCGCGUGCCCCUCUAGAGUCAAACAAACUCCAAAAAGAAAACACAAGUUGUCCCAAAACAACCAGACAGCAUUGUUCCCGCCAAAAACUUGAACACCAGGACGCCUUUUUUAAACGCCCCCUUUUGUUCCCUCCACCGAUAUAAGUUUCCUACCCAGGCUCAGAAGUGGUACUUUCCGAGAUCUAUAUCCUCCGUGAACACCUAAAUCUUUCAGCCUUGCCUUAAGCGAUAUUUACUGAGUUAAUUUUGGAGUGGCCACUUUAGUUUUAAUUCAGUAGAACCGCAGACUGAGUUUCAGACAUCCACUUGACUCAAUCUCCGGAGUUUCGAGAAUGACCAAGAACUUGACCAGCUUUGGUGGGGUGGUGAGCGUCGCUGCGCCCCAUCGCUCCGUCGUUGUCUACUCGCUGCUCGCCGUGUUGACCACGUGCCACGCCUUCGAUGCCUUCUUCCUGAACACCCCUACCUUAGGUGCGAUGUCUGACCGUCGGGCGAAGAGAGACGCCCCGAUACCCAAGCUCCGAGACUUCGAAGGCGAGCUGGACUUCCUGACUUCCUUGGAACUCCAACACGGCAUGGAGUUUGCUUCCAAUCACAGCUCACCCAAAUACAUGCUGGACCUGUACGGCUCAAUGGAAACCGGGGAGAAUUUGGUACACCCAUCGGCAGAGGAGAAGGCCGCCAUCGUGGAGUCUGACACCGUCAGGAGUUUCGCUGCUACUGUUGUUGAAUCCAACAGCACAUCCGAGACCAACUUCACCAGGAAGUGGCUGGCCAACUUCCGUGUCACCUCGGUCUCAGAGCUGGAGGAGCGAGUCCGUCUGGCCGAACUUCGAAUCCUCCUGAACCGUUCCUGGCGCAAGUUCACUCUUGAGGUCGCCCUUCACCACUGGGCUCCCGCCCCUUGCCCUCACGACCCCACCCUCUUCGAGUGCUUGCAAAAGCAGCUGUUGAUGUCUCGCCUGCUGCCCACGUAUCGCCACGAUGACUACGAUGGCCGGGAGGUGUUUGAUGUCACCGAGGGACUGCGGCAUUGGUUCACCGAGAGUCCUACCUGGCGAGGCGAGUACGAAUUGGAGAUUCGUACCGUCCACAGCGUCCAGAACCCCGAGGACUCAGCUGCUACAGACACGCUGGAUGACUCUUCUUCGUACUCCUUCUCAUCAUCUGUCGAAGACUCAACCCUGGAUGAGUCUGCUGCAAGCCCCAGUGCUCUUGAUGAUGUUGUCUUAGUGGUGUUCUCCCGUGCCUUGCAUCCAGUCAGCAUCACUCUCGACGCAGCCGGCUCUGUCAAGGUCCGCACUCCUCGCUCAUCGAAGUCAUCUCGCAAAGACAAGAAACCCAAGAAGUCUACCUCAGCUGCCAGAGAGGAGCAGGAACGCCUCGUCCAGGAGAAACUCCUUCGCGAACUUUUCGCCAGCAAGGAGGAGACGGGUCCUUGCAGGCGGGUCCCCAUGGACGUGGACUUCUACAACAAUGGCUGGGCUCGGUGGAUCGUCUACCCUAAGCGCUUCGACGCCUACAGGUGCGCUGGCAGAUGCACUGGCCCGCUUGGAUCUAAGGACAACCCGAGUAACCACGCCAUUAUGCAGAACAUGGUUCGUGCCAGCCGCCCCGACAGGGCACCCGAGCCUUGCUGUAUACCCACCAAACUCUCACCGCUGAGUAUGAUCUACCUGGAACAUGGGAACAUUGUCAUGAAACAUCAUGAAGACAUGAUCGUUGAGGAGUGUGGUUGCCGAUGAACUCUUAGUGAACUGCUCUGAAAAGUUUGGUGGUAAUCUCCUUGUUACACUGGACAUACUUUUUUUAAGCCAAGGUUAUGGUUGUUUAACUCGAAAAGUAACCAAAGUUAAUGUCUCACUUUUAGCUGACACAAAUGUAAAUUAAUGGUUUCAACUUUGAAUAUACUCUCGAUCAAAUCUGUUCUAUAUUCAUUGCAAUUUUACAAAUGGUUGUAAUUUAAUAUUAAAGAUGAUUCUAUACAUAAAAAGUAUACUUUACUAUAAACUAAUUUGAUAAAGUGUCAUUCAAAAAAACCUUGUAACAAACUAAAUUUUCGCCUUCGUCCCCAGUUAGCAAAAUUCCUUCGCAUUUUGGCCAAUUUAGGACUUUAUAUUAAUUCAAGAUAAAAGUGUAAUAAAUUGAUCGAAUUAUAGUUUAAUUUCUAAACACCUAAUUUGUCAAACUCACUGUAAACACACGAGUCAAUGUUUAACUACAGAACUCAUAAAUGUGAAGCUUGUUUAAACUGCAAAUGAGAAGUUAUUCAUCACAGUUAAUUCAAUUAUAAUAAUGAAAAGAUAAACGAGUAAAUAAUUUUGCUUAAUUUCUUAUGAAAUUUUGACAAUCAAAUCAAAAAAGUAAAACUUUUUUGCUGUAAUAAAAUAUACAAACACCUUUAGUUAUUUCUAAUCAUGUUUUGUAAAUUCGCAUUUUUACAAUUUGAUCGGGUAAUUUGGGAGGGACUAUUUUUUAAAUAACUUGUAUUUUAAUGAAUUUUUAACAUUGAUCGAUCAAACUUAUGAAAUUGUACAAAUUGUAAUAUACAGAAAAGAAAUUAUGUACGAUAGCCGAUGAUUGCAUUUUAAUCUUUAUGAAGAUUGUUUUCAUUACAAUACAGAAUGAAAACUUUGAAAUUUGAUAAAUCAAUAUUAAACUGUGUACUGAU